AUGGUUCUUGAGAAAGACGCAGAGCAGGCCAUGGCCUCGGGGCCCACGACGCCCCCAGCCGACAAGACCAGCUCAGACGGCAGCGAGACAUCAGGCCGGCCGGUCAAGUUCAUGGGUGCCAUGGGCCACUCGCUCACCGUGCUCCAGACCUUUCUGAUCGUCAUGCCCUCCUUCAUCUGCUUCGGAUACAACCAGGCCGGCCUCGGUGGCCUGAUCACCAUGGAAGACUGGGCAAAGACCUUCCCCCAGAUCGACACCAUCCACUUCACGGGCAGCGAGAAGAGCGCCCACUCCACCCUCCAGGGUUUCGUCGUCGCCACCUUUGUCAUCGGUGCUCUGUUCGGCUCGCUGUCGUGCUCGUGGGCUGGCGACAAGUUCGGCCGCCGCAACGUCAUCUUCGUCGCCGGUGUUGUCUCCCUGAUCGGUGUCAUCCUCGAGGCCUCCGCCUUCCACCUCGCACAGCUCAUCGUCGGCCGCAUCCUCGUCGGCUUCGGCGUCGGCCAGCUCAGCUCCAUCGUCCCAGUCUGGCAGAGCGAGACAGCCGGCGCCAGCAACCGUGGCCGCCAUGUCGUCAUCGACGGCCUCUUCAUCUGCGUCGGCUACACUCUCGAGUCUUGGAUCAACCUUGGCUUCUUCGAGUUCAAGACCGGCCCCGUCACCUGGCGCCCGCCGAUCGCCAUUGCCGUCGUCUUCUCCGCCGUCAUCAUCGCAUUCAUCUACUUCCUGCCCGAGUCGCCCCGCUGGCUCGUCAUGAAGAACAAGACCGAGGAGGCCCGACGCGUCAUUGCUGCCUUCAGGGCCAAGCCCCUCGAUGCCAUUGAGGUCCAGACUGAGCUCCAGGGGAUCGAGUACUCGCUCGAGGAGAAGACCGGAAAGAAGAUCAAGAUGACAGACAUGCUCUCUAUGGGAGAGGACAAGCUGCUCUACCGGUUCGGCCUCUGCAUGCUUCUGCAAUUCUACCAGCAGAUGUCGGGUACCAACCUCAUCUCUGUGUACGCAACCAUCAUCUUCCAGUCCAACCUCGGCAUGUCCUCCGAGAACGCUCGCGCCCUUACUGGCGGCGCGCUGACCUGGAAGUUCCUGUCCUCCUUCAUUGCCUUCUUCACCAUCGACCGCCUGGGCCGCCGCGCCGUCUUCAUGAUCUCCGGAUGUGGCAUGUGCGGUUGCAUGAUCGCUCUGGCCGUCUGCACCUCCAUGGGCUCCGAGAACAAGGCCGCCCAGGUUGCCGCGGGAGUGUUCAUCUACCUCUUCAACACUUUCGUGCCCAUCGGCUUCCUCGGCGCAAACUUCCUGUACUGCACCGAGGUCGCGCCCAUCCGCCUGCGCAUGGCCAUGUCCUCGAUUUCCACCGCCAACCAUUGGCUCUGGAACUUUGUCAUCGUUAUGAUAACCCCAGUUGCGAUUGAAACAAUCGGAUGGAAGUACUACAUCCUUUUCGCCGUCAUCUGCUUCCUCGUACCCGUCAGCGUGUACUUCCUGUACCCCGAGACCAUGGGCCGCAACCUCGAGGAGAUCGACAUGAUGUUCAAAGACUCGCCAUCAAUCUGGGCCACCGUCAAGUUCGCAAAGAACAGGCCCAUCGGGAUGCCGACAGAGUUCGUCCAGGACAAGUCGAAGCACGACGCGGACCAUCUCGAAUAG